AUGAUCGGCGACUUUGCUCAUCUAACCUCGCAAUAUUUCGGCAACCAACAGAUUCGGAACAUGGCGCCUCGUUUGCAGACCGCUGCCAUGGAGGCAGGAAGCCAACAGCAAAAUCUUAGUCCUGAAAGAUUAUCUGAGAGUAUAAUGAGCCGGUUUGAAUCUCCCUCUUCGGCCUUUUACGCAACAGAAAGAUACAUGCGAUUUCCGCAGUAUGAUUGUCAAGUUGGUGGUUCUUUCAGCUCUCAAUACUCCAAGUCCUAUGAUUCAAAUGUUUCUUCACAUCAAUCUUCCGGGGCAAACUAUUGUGUUAACUCAGGAGAGCAAGCUGAUCACAACUUUGGAUCGAGAAGCACUUUGGAAUCGGCUGGAAAACCCCAUUUCUCUUACUAUAAAUCCUUUGACAAGUCUCAUAAAGGUCUAAGCAGCUCUUCAGGGAACAAUAGUCCUUCACAACAACACAAUAAGUUUCUUGAUAGUCGUAGUGUCUCUCCAGGGAAUCAAUUUUCAGUUCCUUUCCAAAGGAAACAGGAUCGUCAAGUUGGUUGUAAUCCAUAUAGUUAUCCAUUUGCAGAGCUGAACUUUAAUUCUCGAGAAGAAAAGCAGUCUCCAAGAUUUUCUUCGGGAGGUGUUCAUAUAUGUUCUGGCAAAGAUCUUUCAAAUACACUCUCAAGUAAAACACGGAUCAGAUGGACCCAAGAUCUUCAUGAGAAAUUUGUUGAGUGCGUAAAUCGCCUUGGAGGUGCUGAAAAGGCAACACCCAAAGCAAUACUAAAGUUGAUGGAUUCAGAUGGUUUGACUAUCUUUCAUGUGAAAAGUCAUUUGCAGAAAUAUAGAAUUGCAAAGUACAUGCCAGACUCUUCAGAAGGAAAGGCGGAGAAAAGAACUAGCAUAAAUGAUGUAUCACAGCUCGAUGUCAAAACUGGCUUUCAAAUUAGAGAGGCACUGCACCUCCAAUUAGAUGUCCAGAGGCGUCUGCAUGAGCAGCUGGAGAUUCAAAGAAACCUACAACUACGUAUUGAAGAACAAGGCAAGCAACUUAAGAUGAUGUUUGAUCAGCAACAGAAAACAACCAAUAGUCUCCUGAUUAAUAAUCAGAACUUGGACAUUACUUCUCUAGAUGAGCCAACAUUUAGCCUUGAAGAUAUUGAUGUUUCCAUUGUAGAAGGUUCUGAUAACAAUACUCAUUUCCCAUCCAAGAUAAGUUAG